AUGCCAACGAUAUCUGUUUAUGAAGAAGAAUUAAUAGAAAAAAUAGGAGAAAAUAUUAGUGAAACAAAGUUAAAGGAUUUGUGUUUUGAUUUUGGUUUGGAAAUAGAUGAAGUUGAGUAUAAAAAUGAUAAAAAAAUUUACAAGAUAGAAGUACCUGCUAAUAGAUACGAUUUGAUAUGUGUAGAAGGUUUAGGUAGAGCCCUAAAAAAUUUUUUAGGAAAUUAUGAAAGAAUAAAAUAUGAACUGCUAAUUAAUGAUAAAGAUUUAUGCUUAAAAGAAAACCAGAUAAUAAGAGUUCAUGAAUCUGUUGAUGAAAGAAGAGGUUAUGUUGUGAGUUGUGCAUUAAAAAAUAUGAAAAUAAAUGAAAACGUUUAUAAUAAUAUUAUUGAAUUACAAGAAAAAUUGCAUCAUAAUAUAGGAAAGAAAAGAUCAAUAUUAGCUAUUGGAAUUCAUGAUUAUGAUAAAAUAAAGUUUCCACUAGAAUAUAAAUUUGAAGAAAAAGAAAAAAUUAAUUUUACACCUCUAAAUGAAAAAAAUAAUCUGAAUGGAAGUAAUUUGUUAAAUUUUUAUGAAAAUAAUUUAAAUUUAAAACCAUAUUUAAAAAUUAUAAAAGAUUUCGAAAGAUAUCCUAUAAUUGUAGAUGCAGACAAAAAGAUUAUAUCUUUGCCUCCUAUUAUUAAUUGUGAUCACACGAAAAUAACAUUAAACACAAAAAAUAUUUUUAUUGAAUGUACGGCUAUCGAUAAAAAUAAGGCAGAAAUAGCUUUGAAUAUUUUAUGUUCCAUGUUAUCAGAAUAUUGUACACCUAAGUAUUCUAUUUAUUCCUUUUUGGUAAAAUAUGAUGAAAAACAUGAGUUAGAAAAAGGAAGUAGCUAUUUAUAUCCAUUAUUUCAAAAAAAAAUGUUAAAAUGUGAUAUUGAUUAUGUUAGGAAACUAUCUGGAAUUUCAGAUAUAACUAUAGAUUCCAUUGAAAAAUUAUUAAAGAAAAUGAUGAUAUCUAUAAAUGUUAUUGAUGAGUUUUGUUUUAAUAUUGAAGUACCUUUUUAUAGAUCAGAUAUAAUGCAUUGUUGUGAUAUUAUUGAAGAUAUUGCAAUUGCAUAUGGAUAUGGAAAUAUAUUACCUCAGAAUAGUAAAUUCUCUAAAAAGAAUAUACUAAAUACUUGCUCUGAUUUAUUUAAAAAUGCAUUAGUUGAAUGUGGAUAUACAGAAGUUAUGACUAAUACUUUAGUAUCCAAAAAAGAAAAUUAUGAUUAUAUGUUGAGAAAUCAUAUGAGUUAUGAUACUUCUGAAAUAAAUAUGGAUGAAUAUAACCCUUUAGCACCUCCUGUUCAAAUUUUAAAUUCUAAAACAUCUGAAUACGAAAUUGUUCGAACAUCUUUAAUUGUAAAUUUAUUAAAAUUUGUAUCAACAAAUAAACACAGAGAACUACCAUUACGUUUCUUUGAAAUUGGUGAUGUUGCAUAUACCUCUUAUAACAUGACAGAUACUAAUGCAGUUAACAAAAGACAUCUAUCUGUUAUAUUUGCUGAUAAGUUUACUGCAGGGCUGGAAGAAUUACAUGGAAUAUUAGAAGCUAUUUUAAAAGAAUUUAAUUUAUUUAGCGAUUAUAAAAUAGAGGAAAAAAAAAAAGAAAAUAUUUAUGUUCGAUCAGAUAUAUUCUAUAAGUUAAUACCAAAAGAAGAUUUCUCUUUUUUAAAUGAAAGAAUAGUUGAUAUUAUUUUACAUCCAUUCAAUCUAAAAUUUGGUGUGUUAGGCGUAAUUCAUCCAAAAGUUUUAGAAAAUUUUUCUAUUGAUGUUCCUGUAUCUACUAUAGAGAUAAAUAUUCAAACCCUAAUGAAUGCUUUGAUUAUGUGA